AUGAUUGGAGGAAUUCAGCCAGCGGCAUUAGGAGACGCAAUUCCACCCAAUGUUCCACACACAAUUGUCUGUUCCUUGCCCGCCUGGCAAGAUGCUGUUGGUUUCGCAGAAGGGGAGGAAAGGGUCUCGAACUCACUAAAGGCAGGAUAUCCCCGACAAAAGAUCCAUGACUACGUGAAAGCGCUAUGGAAGAUCUGUUCUCGAAUCCACGGUGUCGAAGGAGAAGAAUGUGCCCUCUCAUUUUCACGUAAAUCUGUUGAAGAAUGCGUGUUGUAUGUGAAAAAGCACGCAGAGAAACCCGGAGAACCUCGUGUAUGCCGCUUCGAAAUUCCCUACAAGAGCGACAUGGAUGUCUAUGGCUUCCCGGACGUCUUUGCCGUAUUCUUUCCUUCAUCCGCUCUCACGGAGGCAUCUCAGUUCAUGAUGUACACCGGGUCAGGGAUAUCGGCACGAUUCGCAGAGCUAUGCCUUGGGUGCAUACCUGAGGAACUCGUUGAUACCAGUACCUUCGUUGUACCCCUCAAGACCAUAAAUUGGCGCGACCAAGGGUAUUAUCAAGUCUAUAGACCUGUUGAAACUGGCUCGGAGGCCAAAAGCGCUCUUCGUAGACUAUUUGCUGGAGAUUUUGGAGACGAGUCGACCAACAUACGGGGCGUGCCAGGCGUGUCUUCAGAUGACGUCUACCUGUAUGCCAGUGGCAUGAAUGCUAUCUGGCAUCUCCAUCUCAUGAUUCUGGAUGCACGUCCUAAGGGACUGAAGAGUGCUGCAUUCAAUGUUUUGUAUUCCCAUUCUCACAAUCUCAUCGAAAGAUGGGGGGCCGGACAUUACGUUAUCGGGAGUGGUUCUACCGCUGAACUUGAGACUCUGCUUGCCUCAGAGCAGGCAAAGAAUCCUGAGCAGCCACCGCUCGCCGCACUGUACAUAGAUUUCCCCACCAACCCUAUGCUCCGGUCUCCUGACGUCGCUCGUCUUCGGGAGCUCGCUGAUCAAUAUCAUGUUCCCUUGAUCAUCGAUGAAACUGUCGGCAAUCUCAUCAACGUUCAACUGCUCCCUUAUGCGGACGUAGUUGUAUGUAGCCUUACGAAGAUUAUCAGCGGGCUUGCGAAUGUCAUGGGUGGCGCCCUUCUCCUCAACCCGACGUCUCCAUACUACUCAGAAUUCAAGGCGCGCAUGGAAGAGACAUACCAGGAUACCUAUUUUAGCGAGGACGCCAUCUGCUUAGAAGCGAACACACGAGAUAUUAAGCAGCGCAUCGCGAUCGUGGACAAGAACGCUGAAGCUGUGGCUGAUUACCUUUAUACGCGGUCACAAACAGCCCAAGGUUCCUUUAUCAAGCAGGUGCUGUAUCCCAAGUACCAGACACCCGAGAUUUAUGAGCGGUAUCUCAACAAAGAAUCCACAAGCCCGGGCUACGGGGGUCUGUUGUCGAUUUCCUUCACUUCCCUAGCAGUUGCGAAAGUGUUUUACGAUACUCUGCCAUGCUACAAGGGCAUCACUUUUGGUACAAUCUUCACACUUGCUAUCCCCUUCACGGAAAUGUCGUUUCACUCGAAGCUCCAAUGGGCGGAAGAGAAUGGAGUGGAUCAUGCCUUGAUAAGGAUAAGCAUUGGAAUGGAAGAUUGGGAGAGUCUGAAAGACGGUUUCGAUGUGGCUUUGGCAGCUGCCGAGGAUGCAGCGCUGGCAACCAAGCUUAAUGAAGAUCCGGUUGUGCAGUAA